AUGCUCGCACGCUUUCGUGUAGGAAGAAUUGUAAUGACAGCUGACAUCGAAAAGGUGCUUUUGCAAGUAAGACUACACGAAACAGACUGUGACGCAACGCGCUUCCUAUGGAUAAAGGACCUAUGGAGACCGUUGGCAGAGAACAACAUCGUCACAUACAGAUUCACCAGAGUAACUUUUGGCUUGAACGCCUCACCCUUCUUGCUCGCCGCAACAAUAAAUUUCCAUUUGGAGACAUCGACAUACGACAUUAAAAUUGCAUCGAAGAUAAUAUGCAUGUCGACAAUCUACACUGGCUGAAACAAGACAGAAAGCACUCUGCCAGUACAAGGAAGCCGUAAAAAUCUUCAACGAACUCAAUGUAAACAUGUGAGAAUUCGCAUCCAAUGAUCCCAACGUAAGGGCGCAAUUCGACGAUAAAGACAAAUGGACAUCAACAUCGGUCAAAGUUCUCGAAAUCAACUGGAACACUACGCCAAAUGUAAUGUGCAGCCACACGAUCUGAUCACAAAAAGGACAGUUCUGCACGCCAUAGCAUCAGUAUAUGAUCCACUAGGAUGGAUAUCCCCACUGAUGGUUAGAGCCAAGUAUUUCUUCCAAUCACUAUGGACCGAGUCGUACAAAUGGGAUGACACACUUUCAUAAAAAAACCAAGCGACAUGGGAGAAACUAUUCCGAGGGAGGGAUUCCACAAGCAAAUUACCAGACAAGUGGCCAACAAAGAGGACCAACAUGAACUCAUCACCCUCAACCAUGCUAAUACACACACGAUGGCAGCCCGUACGUACAUCAAGAAGGAGGAAAACACUGGCUAAUUCAAGCAGAGACAAAGUUACCGUCACUCAAAGCAGUGCACACGGUACCAAAGCUCGAGAUAAACGCGCUGACCGUAGCGACACGACUCACGUAUCCACUUAUGAAGAACUCAAGGAAAAACAACAAAAAUCAAAGCCGUCUACAUUCUCACCGACUCAGAAAUAG